AUGAAUGUGGCAAGGUUUUUAAUCAAAAAGCAACCCUUGCACAUCAUCAUAGACUUCAUACUGGAGAGAAACCUUACAGAUGGGAAGAACCUGGCAAAACAUACUAGAAUUAACACUGGAGAGAAACCUUACAAGUGCAAUGAGUGUGGCAAAGUCUUUAGUGGGCAGUCACCACUUAUUCACCAUCAAGCAAUCCAUAGUAUACAGAAAGUUAACUAAUGUAAUGAUUGUCACAAAGUUUUCAGUAAUGCUACAAUCAUUGCAAAUCAUUGGAGAAUGCAUAAUGAAGAGAGACCUUACAAGUGUAAUAAAUGUGGCAAAUUUUUCAGACAUCGUUCAUAUCUUGCAGUUCUUUGUCCAACUCAUGCUGGAGAAAAACCUUAUAAAUGUCAUGAUUGUGGCAAGAUCCUCAGUCAAGUUUCAUCCUACGCAAAACAUAGGAGAAUUCAUACAGGAGAGAAACCUCACAAGUUUGAUGAUUGUGGCAAAGCCUUUACUCUACGUUCACAUCUCAAUUGGCAUCAGAAAAUCCAUACUGGACAGAAAUCUUACAAAUGUCAUCAGUGUGGUAAGGUCUUCAGUCUGAGGUCGCUCCUUACAGAACAUCAGAAAAUUCAUUUUGGAGACAGUUAUUUCAAAUGUGAUAAGUAUAGCAAACCAUCAAGCAUGAGUUGACAUUAAAGUCAAACGAACAUUGACCUGAGUUUGAGUUGACUUAACAUUGAGUUCAAGCAUUAAUUGACAUUAAACUGUUUACGUUAAGAGGAUUGGACUGGGUGCUGGGGCUCAUGCCAACAGACGGGAGCCACUUUUCCCAGCCUGUAUUUUCAUUUCUUUUUUUUU